CUCAUAUAUUAAAUGGGAACCACUAGAGAGGAAACUAAAGAGAAAAAGGAAAUUUUUAGAUUUGAAGAUCACAAGCAAGAUCAGUCUACCUACAUUGGUAGAUUUAGACACUUCUUUGAUGUGAUUAAUCCCAUCAGGUUCUUUGUCACUUCAGCCCAAAUUAGAGAAGCCCAGCAAAAGAUUUCGCUUAAGGAAGAAGUUGCCAAAAACCUUGGGUUUGAUAUCUACGCUACAAAGUCUGAAGCUAAUGAACUUCUGGAGUAUAAGAAGAUAGUGGAUUCUGCUAUCCAUCCUGACACUGGAGAAAUCAUUCCCUUCUAUUGCAGAAUGUCAGGAUUUGUGUAUUUUAAUUGCCCAAUUCUAUUCGGAACUCUCAUGUGUCCUCAGACUCCUGCGAAUAUUAUAUUCUUCCAGUGGAUAAACCAGUCGUAUAAUGCAGGGCUGAACUAUGGAAAUAGGAAUGCUUCAUCUCCAUAUACAAAGAAAGACAUUAUUAGGGGAUAUUCAGGAGCUGUUGCUACAGCACUAACAAUCUCUGUUUCUCUCAACAAGAUUUUUAGUGGAGUUACCUCAAAAAUGACAGGAACAAAAAGAUUUAUAGUGAGUACUUCUUUCAAUUGGUUCGCAAUCAGCUUAGCAAAUGCUGCUAACUGUAGUCUCAUGAGGUUUAAAGAGAUUCAGGAAGGAAUCUCUGUUAAGGACGAGUCCGGUUUUGAGUAUGGGAAAUCUAAAAUCGUUGGAAAGACUGCAUUGUUCCAGACUAUUAUAACAAGAGCAUUUGUUCCAUUUUGAGUAAUGGCUGGCCCAGCAACUAUCAUCUCAGUUAUGAGAAACAAGAAUAAAAUGCCAAAGAAUAAGAUGCUCUCAAUUCUAUUUGAAGGAUCAAUUUGAGCUUUAGCAUUAGGAUUGAGUCUUCCAGCAGCAAUUGCUUUAUUCCCACAGGAAGGAAAGAUCAAAGCGGAAAAUCUUGAGCCAGAAUUCCAUAAUUUGAAAGAUUCUCAUGGCAAAAUAGUUGAAGAGUUUUACUUUAACAAAGGAUUGUAA